AUGGAUAAGAGUUGGAUGAAGUUGCCGCGAAGUUCGCGAGAGUAUAUUCGCGGGGUUAUGGCGUUUGUGAAAUUUGCACGUGAACAUGAGAGUGCCGGGAUUAUUGAGGGUUACACUGAGUGGAUAAUGCAUGGGGAAUUACUUGUCCCUCCCGUUCAUAACAAGACAACACAUGAAGCUCCCAGGACGCUUCAAGUGGAUAGCAUUCCACUAAAUGGGGGGUCCAGUGGGAUGCAAGACAUGCUUACUGAUGUUUUUGCGAUGCACGAUGUUUGUGUAGAAGUCGGUGGGUCUCAAGUGGGAGUUGACGCCGAAGCUGAAUCCGAGUCUGUGGAUGUUGAAAUUGAAGACUCUAACAGGGUGCCGAAUAAGUUAAGACAAUUGCUAAAGGAUGUCGAUACGCCACUCCAUGGAAAUACAAAACAUAGCAAAUUGGGAGCUAUUGUGCGUCUAUAUAGUAUUAAGUGUAUGAGCGGUUGGAGCAAUACAUCAUUCUCCAUGUUGCUCGAAUUCAUCAAUGAGCUGAUGCAUCCAGAUGCAAGUUUGCCUAAAGACACAUACGAGGCAAAAAAGUACUUGAAGGAUUUGGGCCUUGAGUAUGAGAAGAUAUUGGCUUGUCGCAAAGGUUGUAUGUUGUUUUGGAGGGAAAAUGAAAAGUUGGACAAAUGUACAUUCUGCAAUGAGUCCAGGUGGAAGGAUGACUUAACUAAUAAAGAUGGGUCGACAAAAAGUUUGAAAAAAAAGCCGGUCAAAGUGUUGCGUUGGUUUCCUCUAAUACCAAGGCUGCAGAGGUUGUUUAUGUCCCAUCAUACAUCGCCACAUAUGAAGUGGCACGCUCAAGGCCGUACAAAAGACGGUGUGUUGAGGCAUCCGGCCGAUGGAGAAGCAUGGAAGGCAUUCGAUUCACGUUACCCAGUAUUCGCAUCAGACCCGCGAAAUGUGAGGCUUGGUUUAGCGUCACAGCGAUGGUUGCCUCCGGAUCAUCCAUGGAGAAGAAACAAGAGACGAUUCAACGGUGCGCAGGAAAUGGUUGGUCCUCCCAAAGUGCCGGAUGGCGAUGAGAUCAUGAGCCAGUUAGAGUGUGUUGUCAAUCGGGCAAGGACCGGACAGAAGCUGCCGGUUGGGGAAGUAGAUUGGAAGAGGCGAAGUGUAUUAUACGAUUUGCCUUAUUGGAAAUAUCAAUUACUACGCCAUAACAUUGAUGUGAUGCACACAGAGAAAAAUGUGGUUGAUAACAUACUUGGCACGCUAUUGGACAUGAGCGGUAAAACCAAAGACAACCACGAAGCACGUCAAGACUUGCGUAAUAUGAAAUUGAGACCAGAACUCCAUUCAUUUAUCACGGAAAACGAGAAGACUGACUUCCUGCAAGUGUUCCAUGAUGUUAGAGUGCCCGAUGGAUAUUCUUCAAAUGUAUCACGUUGUGUCAAGCUCAAGGAAUGUACUGUUGGGGGUUUGAAGAGUCAUGGCAAUCACAUAAUCAUGCAACAACUCAUGCCAAUUGCACUUCGAGGAAACUUACCGGAUGAUGUUGUGAGGCCUUUGAUUGAGCUAUGUGUGUUCUUUAGGGAUAUUUGUUCAAAAACACUGAGGGUGGAAGAUCUGGAUCGUCUAGAGAAUCAAAUACCAAUAAUGUAG